CAUUGUGCCUGCCGCUUUAGAUGGAACUAGAAUGUUCCCAGGUGGCGCCCCCUCUCGCCUUCUCGCUCUCUCCAGAAGCUCCUCGACUCGCCCCGCCUCUGCUACCCUUCUCUUUUUCUCCACCCCCCGCCUGCCUUCCUUCUGGGUCGGCGUCUCUUAUCCAACACAAUCAAAGCCUCCUCCGCACUCUACUCGUCGGCGAUCAAGAUGGAUGAACAAUUGUACAUGGUAGCGUCUGAUAGUGAAAAUACCUGCGAAGACAAAGGACAAUCUACAUUUCAUGAUGUUGCCGUUGGAAUUGAUCUUGGGACCUCAAAAUGCAGUGUGGCAGUAUGGAGUGGUGCAGGAGUGGAACUCCUCAAAAACACCCAAAACCAAAAGACCAUGCGCUCAUAUGUAAUGUUUGGGGAUGAUGUUCCUGUUGGUGGUGCAAGUGAAGUACGGGCAUAUGCAGAAGAUCAAAUUUUGUCUGGCAGUGCAAUUUUCAAUGUAAAACGCUUGAUUGGCAGAUCAGACAAAGACCCAAUUAUUCAUGGUAGCAAGAUCCUCCCUUUCCUUGUUCAGACAUUGGACAUUGGUGUCCAACCACUUAUUGCAGCUCUAGCGAAUAAUGUGUGGAGAUCUAUCACGCCUGAAGAAGUACUUGCAAUUGUUUUGGCAGAGUUGAAAACUAUGGCUGAAAUCAAGCUCAAACGUCCAAUAAGAAAUGUUGUUCUUACAGUUCCAGCUGCAUUUAGCCGGUUCCAGCAGACAAGGGUUGAACGAGCAUGUGCCAUGGCUGGGUUACAUGUUCUCAGGCUGAUGCCAGAGCCGACUGCUGUUGCACUGCUAUAUGCACAACAUCAGCAACAAUCCUUGCAUGAAAACAUGGGAAGUGGCUGUGAGAAAGUCGCCCUUAUAUUCAACAUUGGUGCGGGAUAUUGUGAUGUUGCAGUAACUGCCACUGCUGGAGGGGUGUCCCAAAUCAAAGCACUACUGGGUUGUACCUUGGGUGGAGAGGACAUUCUUCAAAAUGUUGUGUAUCAUCUUCUCCCGAAUUUUGAUACUCUUUAUCCUAACCAUGAUACAAACAAGAUUAGGUCUUUGGCGCUGCUAAGGAUUGCAGCACAAGAGGCCAUUCACAAACUCUCAAGCCAGUCUAGUGUUCAGAUAAACUUGAAAUUGCCUGAUGGUACACAGAUAGAUAAAAUCCUCAACCAAUCAGAAUUCGAGGAUGUGAACAGGAAUGUGUUUGAGAAAUGUGAGAAGCUUGUAAGGCAAUGCUUGUUUGAUCACAAAGUAUCGGUGGAAGACAUUGAUUAUGUUAUAUUAGUAGGUGGAUGCUCUAGAAUUCCCAAAAUUAAGAAUCUCGUCCUGGGCAUAUGCAGAAAAGAGAAGGAAUUCAAUGGUGUGGAUGCAUUUGAGGCUGCCGUCACUGGUGCUGCAAUUGAAGGAGCCAUUGCUUCUGGAGUCACUGAUCCGUCUGGAAACUUAGAUCUGCUUACGAUACAAGCUACGACACAAAGUCUGGGAAUUCGAGUGGAAGGUGGGGGAUUUGCAUCCGUCAUACCGAGAAACACAGCAAUACCAGCUAGAAAGGACAUGCUCUUCACAACUGCACGGGAUGGCCAGACUGAGGCAUUGAUUGUUGUCUAUGAAGGUGAUGCAAAAUGUGCAGAGGAGAAUCAUCUUAUGGGAUACUUCAAAGUGUCAGGGAUUCCAUCUGCACCAAAGGGGACCGUCGAGAUCAGCAUAAGCAUGGACAUUGACGCUGGAAAUGUGCUUCGAGUGUUUGGUGGUGCGAUCGUGCCCGGUGCUAACCAUUCUGUUACGCCUUUCAUGGAAGUUAUAAUGCCUAUGUUGGAUGAUGGUCAUGACUGGUGCGCGCAGGCUCUUGUGAAGGCUAAUGGCUCCCUGGAUGUGGCUACGAUGCCAAAGAAGUCGCAGCCUUAAUUUGGGUAGAUGUUUAUCGGCCGUUGCCAGUGUUUAGUUACGCUUGUUGCUACAUCUCCCAGGUGCCUAUUUGUCAAUACUAAGUUUCAGAGUUCUGUAUAGUUCACUCAGACUAUUGUGCUGAUUGACGCUUGGGUUUUGUUUAGUUCAAUCAAGAUCGUGAUGUUCAUGUUCCUUGUGUUGUAUCCUUCUUUGUUGGGACUGAAGUUCAUUGGAUAUUACAUCAAGUAUUAUUUGAUGUU